AUGCCCCGUAACGAGAGAUCUCGUCGCGCAGAACCCGGCGCAGGCUUCGGCGCAGCCGUCCAGUUCCAAGUGGCGGGCAACGCGCUGCCCAUGGUCUCGGUUGUUUACGACGGAGCCCCAACACGUCUCGCCGAGGUUCGGGUAACGAAGGGGGCCGCCCCUCAAGCACUUUCGACUAGCUCUCGAGAUCUCAGCGCUAAGACGCAAGAGCCGGCUCCUUCGCCCCCUCGUGCGCCUCAGGCAUCCGCCAUCGAGGCACCCAAGGCCGCCGCCACCGAGACUUCAAGGUCGAGAAACGGCCCGCAGGACCGGAUCAGAGGCGCGACCCACCACGAUCACACGAACUGGACAAACCGUCUGCUCUACGGACAGGAAGAGGAGGAGCGGCAGAUGCAGCGGCGACGGAAUCUCCGAAUGCAUCUGGAGCUGAAUCCGAAAUAUGGUCUGCAGGAUCACCGCAGCCCGUUUUACACGCCGACUAGGGGCAACCUCCGAGACGAUGACCCGGUCAUCGAUGUCCCAGUCAUCCCUCCGGCCCACAUUCCUGAACCAAUUUCUCGCAACACCAGCGCCCAACAUGGCGUCUACACACCCGCGUAUGCCCCCGUGCCACCGUCCUGGCCGACGGCAAACCUCCACCCACAAGCUCCAGCGCACAUGUACCCCGGGCUGGCUGCCAUUUCGGCACCGCUCUAUGUCGUCCAGGGGCAAGCACCCGUGGCUUUCCCAAUGCCCGUACACUACCCAGCCCAGCAACCGGCACCGGUGGCACCCGGAUUCCCCCUCCAAAUGUACCCCCAGAUCUCCGGGGGCGCGGGCCACACCCCGUGGACGCGCGCCCCCUCCGCACCACCCUCGCCGCCGCCGUCCCGGCGCGGGGCCAGGUACGUGCUCCACCGCUACCUCCUCCCGGCGGACCCGGCCUCGUGGGACUACGCCUCCCGGACGCUCUGGGACAUCCGCUUCCCGCCGGAGCCGGCGCACGGCAUGCACUUCUUCGCUCAGGAGCACUUCCACGAGCCCGCGACGACGCCCGCCGUGCCGCGCGUGCGCGUCGAGCUCCCGAUGCUCCACGCGUACUGGCGGACGGGCGCGGCCGCGUGGCCGCCGUGCGUCGUGACCGGCACCGGCGCGGGCGGCGCGGUCCUGCUCAAGGACGUCUUCGAGCAGCUCUACCGGUACCUGAACGUGCGCCUCACCGAGGCCGAGCGGUACGACGGCGUCGAGCGCCGGCUCGUGCAGCGCGGGGAGGUGACGAUGCGGAUGCGCCGCCGCGCGGGCUCGGGGCACUCUUGGGAGGAGAUGCGCCGCGUCGACUGCGUCCCGGAGCCGCACACGUUCAACAGCCUGCUGCAGAUCUCGGACCCGUCGGACGAGUGCGUGCUGCAGCUGUCCUUGUGCCAGCUGUAG